UUGAGACACUGAAUAUGAUCAAAGCCGAUUACAUUUGCGAAUCGUGCUGCAGGAAAAUGCUAAUAUUUUAUUCAAGGCACACGUUGCUAAGCGACGCCAAGCGUGCGCUUUAAUGAAGCCCGUGGAGGUUAACGUUAGUUAGCACACGCAGAAGACUUUUAUAACACGUGAUUUCGCUUUAACACAAAUCACAGAAUGUCUAAAGACUCUAAACUAUAUACAGACUACGUUAUAGACGGAUGUGUAUGUCAGAGAUGUUUUCAGUCAGAUUUAUUUGUUUGCAUGCAUGUUUAUGCAACAACGAACUGCAGUGAAGCAAAGUUAAACUCCAUCCAUCCCCCUAAGUGCAGUCCCUGUACUCAUGACCAAAUCGAAAAUUGGUGAAGAAUGCCAGAAGGUCCCGAGCUCCAUUUGGCCACACUGUUCGUCAACAGGGUUUGUGAGGGUGUUGUGUUUACUGGUGCUGUGGAGAAAUCAGAAGUAAGCAAAUGUCCCGAGGUGCCGUUCUGCUGCGACGCCUAUCGCAUCAAAGCCCAGUCCAGAGGAAAGGAGACACGUCUCACGCUCACGCCCAUAAAAAACGAUGGCGACGAAAAAAGCAAGGUUGACAAAAAUCAAUCCCAGCUGCCCAUGGAUGUGGUUUUCCGGUUUGGAAUGUCUGGGUUUUUCCGAUUCACCACGGUGGAUGAACUUCCGAAACACGCGCACCUGCGGUUCUACACAAAUGAGACCCCACGCAAGGCUCUGAGUUUUGUGGAUCCGCGCAGAUUUGGAGGCUGGCAACCAAAUGGAAGUUGGCAAGCAGACAGGGGACCCUGUAUCAUAUUUGAAUACCAAAGCUUCAGAGAGAAUGUUCUUUCAAAUCUGUCCGACAAGGCCUUUGACAGGCCCAUCUGUGAAGUGCUCUUAAAUCAGAAGUAUUUCAACGGGGUCGGAAACUAUCUUCGAGCAGAAAUUUUGUACAGAUCACAAAUUCCCCCGUUCGUGAAUGCCAGGACAGUACUUCAGGGACUCGAGCUAAAAGACGAAGAUAAAAAGAAGGUCAAAGCGGAAAUCUCAAUUACCGAGUCCGCAGAUACAAUAAAGAUUGAAACCGAGACCCCGGAUCUUCUCUCUCUGUGUCACACUCUUCCAUUAGAGGUGGUCAAACUGGGUGGAAAAGGUUAUGACCCCCAAACGUCGGAUUAUUCGAAAAUUAUAGCCUGGAUGCAAUGUUACGGUGUCGAUGGAAUGAAAUCAAUAAGAGACCGCAACGGACGGACGAUGUGGUUUAAAGGUGAUCCUGGUCCUAUGGCCCCCAAAGGUAAAAUUAGAAAUGUGGGAGGAAAAAGGAAAGUACAGAAGAGUGAUCAUGAUUACACGGAUUCAAAGAAAGCCAAGAAGAAACGCGCAGGCGAUGUAGCAAAUAAAAAGCCUGUUAAGCGAAAGGAGAUCAAAAAUAUAAAGGAGGAAACAAAGACAUCCAGGUCACAGCGUUGCUUAAAAAGACAGAAAAAUGAUGAAAAGGCGAUUGACGUAGAAGAAACCAAAAGACCAAACACACGCAGGAGCGGAACAGCAGGAACUAUGGGCCAAAAUAAGAAGCAAGUGAUCGAAAGUCAAACCCCAAAUAAAGCUGCCACCUACAGGAAACGCACCACAAAAGGAAAGUCAAAGCGGAAAAGCAGCCAAGGUCGUAACACAUGAUGCGAUUCCAAGCAAUGGUUUAUCGGAGCACCCUUGUUUUUUUAUAAUCUGUAAGACGUUUAUAAUGUAACUGAAAAAAAAAAAAACUAUAAAUGAAAGUCCUUAUAUUUUUGUAGCAUUAAAUGUAUUGGAGUUUUUUUAUGUAUUGUAAUUUGCUUAAAUCCUAUAUAAAAGUCUUCAAAAUAAAUACAAUCAAUGAUCA